UUUUGUAUACAUCCGGAAAACUGUAGAUUGUGAAGCGGAAACAUUGACACAGAAAAUGUGUUUACAUGUCCAUGUGAAAAGGAUCUGAGAGUCGGUUGAUCAUAGGACAAAAUUGUGCACUGAAGCAUGGAGGUAGACUGAAGCAAGCUUCCAGAACGAGAAAGAAGUGAGCUGUUAGGACUAUAAAGAAACGAUGACAUCAUCAUAAGAACUGCUCGAUCAAAUAACUGCGACAGAGAGCUUUUAAAAACACAAUGUACAUAUUCAACGCGUCAGUACUACCUGUGCAUUUGUUGAGCUGAAACCUCUCGAAGUUCCACCACUUCCAAAGAAGUUCUGCAAAGAAGAAGAAGAAGAAACACACAAACCUGAGACCAAAAUGGAGAUUGGGAAUGCUGAACUAGUAACUGACACAGGCAAAGCAUCUAAUUUGAUGAUACUUCAAGACUAUGCAAAUAGUAAUGGUUUAGGGGCCAGUGGCCGUUCACCCAUAGGCUCCAAUGAAUCUUACCAGUUGGCGCUGGAUAUUGUUGGGUAUGAUGGAUUGAAGCAAUACACACUCAGCGAAGUUGCCGAACACUGGGAGUCAAAGUCCUGUUGGAUUGUUCUUUUCGACUUUGUUUUUGAUGUAACCAAAUUCUUGCAUGAGCAUCCAGGAGGAUGGGAAAUAUUGAUGGAACAUGCAGGUAUUGAUGCAACACUUGCCUUCAAGGGUAAAGGUCACUCAGAAAUGGCUCACAAAAUGCUGCUCAAAUAUUGCAUCGGACAGCUGGUCAGGAGUGAGAGGAUUUAUUCAAGCUGAAUUUGUUUCUUCGUUGCCGCUGAAAGCUGAUGCAUCAAAACAAAUGUUGGAAUAUAAUUGUUGUUUAAUAUUGGUUGCAACCAAAUACAAAGUAAUACAUUUGAAUGAGAAUAUUAGUUUGUUUUCUGAUGGCUUAGCAUCUGUAAUGUUGCAGCUGAAUUUGUUGCUGGUUAGAGUUUUUUGCUGGCUAGCAAACAUCAAGCAUAUGAAAAAGAAAACAAAUUUAGUACUAAAUAUUCUAAAAUCACAUUGGGUUUUUGAAACCUCUUACCAAAGACAUGACAAAGUCCCCUUGGAAUGUAAACCCCAGAGGUUUGCCAAAAGGAGGAAAUGAAUUUAAACAUAUCUCCUGAACUUGUGAUCCUACCUCCUUGCAGGGCCCAAUUUCAUAGAGCAUAAAAUUUCUUCCUUGAUAAAAAUCGGAUUACCAGCACAAUUUAAAUUCGUGGCAUAUUGCUUGUUACUGGUACUUAGCUGCUGAUAUCCUUAAAAUCACUUGGAAAUUUGGUUGGUAAUCCUGUUUUUAUCAAGGAAGAAAUUUUAUGCUAAGCAAAUUUUUGUGCUUAGCAGCUCUAUGAAAUUGGGCCCCGAUCUUUUUGUCAGCAAUGUGUCUUACCAUUUGUUCCCAUGACAAUGAAUCUGUUGCCGCUUAUUUCGACUUGGCUUCUUGUCUGUGCUUUGAGGAAUACAAGAUUGCUGAUAAAAAAAUAGCAAAUAUUUUGUGAGUGAUAUAAAAUUUGUGUAUAUAUAACUUUUAGUAUUUUUAUUAUAUUGAUACCAUAGUACUGAAAUAAGGGUACUGUUUUUGAAAUACAUGUGACUUUUGGGACUUUUAUAAAAACCUGUUUGAGGCCAAUUUUUCUCCCAACAGACCACCUUAAAAGGAAACCUAGAAGCCAUUUUUUUUGUAGCAAAAAUGUUCACAAAUUUAAGAGGUACUAAUUUGUUGUUGUGAAUAUUUCUUUUUUAUAUUUAUAACCAAAAAGGUUAACGUAUUUGUUAUAGACACUGGACACUAUUGGUAAUUGUCAAAGACCAGUCUUCUCACUUGGUGUAUCUCAACAUAUGCAUAAAA